AUGCUGAUGUGGCAGCUCCGCACAGGCCGCGGCCACUCCGCCGGCGCGCGCACGCGCGCACGCACACGCACGCGCUCGCGGGCCCCAGUCUCGCGAGACUUAGGCGUGCCUGCGCCUGCGCCUGCGCCUGCGCGGGCGGCGCUCACAUUCCGGGGCUGGGGCGGCCUCUUCCUCCGGCGUCCGGGGCCCGCGGUGAGGGCUCCUGGGAGUCGGGCGCUGGCGUGGCCCUCGCCGCCCCCGCCGGCCCUCUGCCGUGACUGGACCGGGCCGCCCGGAGCGGGCGCGGCCGGAGCGAACGGACCGGGCGGGAGCUUUCCCGCCUAUGGGCGGCCCCUGGGCGCUCUGAGGGCCGGGCUCCGAGCGGCCGAGAAAAUGAUGCAUCCUGUUGCCAGCAGUAAUCCAGCGUUCUGUGGGCCUGGAAAGCCUUCCUCUCUCUAG